AUGCCUUCUAUCGAAGUAAAAACUAACGUCAAGGUUCAAAACCAUAAAGAAUUUCUUAAAGAAAUUUCAACUCUGGCUGCUACACUUCUUCCGCAUCCCGUCGAAGGAAUGGAUGUUGCGUUACAAGACGGUCUUUCUCUUCUCUUUGCCAACUCGGAUGCGCCCGCUUAUAUUGUCCAUAUCAAUUGUCUUGGAGGUUUUGGUGAUAACAUGAAAAACCGUGAAAUUUCAAAAGCGUUCGCUAAUUUUCUUACGGAAAAAAUAGGAGUACCAAGUAAUCGAGGAUAUUUGUUUUUCAAUGACCCGGGCUACGCGCACGUUGGACUCGCUGGUACUACCGCUGAAGAAGUUUUAUUAAACAAAUAA